GUGAAUGAAAUGAACGAAUACGAAUACCAGUAUACCACCAAAAAUACUCUCAUCCUCAUUCAUUCCUAGGUUGUUCAGUGAACUGCAAAACCGUUAGCCAUGUCUCCAGGUCCCAUUGUUGACGCAACCGCCGAAGGAAUCACCGACCAACAACUUCCUUCCGUCGACGAAACAACCCUCAAGAAGGCACCUCUUCCACAGGAAGAAAACGACGCUCCUAUCGUCGAGGAUGACGACGACGACGAUGAGAAAGACGAAUCUGACGACGAAGAAGAUGACGCCGCUCAAGGUGGUACUGAAGGUUCGAAGCAGAGUAGAAGUGAGAAGAAGAGUCGCAAAGCAAUGUUGAAGCUCGGACUAAAACCAAUUGAUGGUGUUAGUAGGGUAACAAUCAAGAGAACAAAAAAUAUAAUGUUUUUCAUCUCAAAACCUGAUGUCUUCAAGAGUCCAAAUUCUGAGACCUAUGUUAUAUUUGGGGAGGCAAAAAUAGAGGAUCUGAGCUCUCAAUUGCAGACACAAGCUGCUCAACAGUUCAGGAUGCCUGAUAUGGGAUCUAUUAUGGCAAAACCAGAACAGGGUGCUAUAGCUGAUGGAGCACAGCCUGAAGAGGAAGAGGAGGUUGAUGAAACUGGCGUGGAAGCCCACGAUAUUGAUCUGGUCAUGACACAGGCAGGAGUGUCAAGAAGCAAGGCCGUCAAGGCUCUCAAGACUCACAAUGGAGACAUUGUCGGUGCCAUCAUGGAGCUAACUAAUUAAUUUUGCUUUAUGCUUUAUUUGUACUUGCAUUUUUGGGAUGAUUUUGGAACUAAUUCCAUCCUUAAGUGAGUGUAGUCAAAUAAUACUAUGGUCCAUAUGAUUUGGUUUACCUAAUAAUUUUUGUGCUCUGAAUUUUGUGGUACGAUUUUAUGAUCAAUGAUCACAUUCUUUCGUUA